CUUAGCAUGGUUCUUUCACAUUUGUUUUGCUCUUGCGCUUCUAAUGCCUGUAUAAAAUAAACAGCAUGGAUAUCCUCCACAGUGAAAAGUGUUUGUAUAAUCUUAAGGGCAUGAAAUCUACACUGGGAAUAGUUUGUCAUGUGAUCAGUUAUUGAGUAGUAUUAUGGGUCCUGGAUGCUGAUCAAGGGGGAUACCUAGUCAGAUGUACAACUGAAAUGAGUCUUCUGCAUUUAACCCAACCCCUCUGAAACAGAGGUAAGCUGAGGUAUAUCAGACAAUUUACUAUGGGUAUGAUGCAAAGGCUCUUGUUUACUGUUCUAUUUAUGUGGAACUAUUUCAUAAUAGCAAUAAGGCAUUUUGCGGGUUUGUGGUAUAUGGGCAACAUGCUAUGGGCUGUAUCUAGGCUGUAUUCUGCGUUGCAGCGUGCAUAGCUGUGGCAUAUUGGACAUAUCCCACACCCCUCAGGCCUUAUUGCCUAAAUAGCAUGUGGGUACCUGUAGAAUUCAGUUUAUAUGGUGGAGACACUUUUUCCUUCAUCUCUUGUUCUCCAUUCACAGAUCUCGGCCCAGUCGGAUUACCUGUACCUGGAUGACCAAUCAGGAGACUCCGUAGACGACGACGGUUACAACUCUGGCUCAGGGUCCGGUGAUAUGACUAUCGGUGAGGUCACUGAGCGAGUCAAAGUGAAAAGGGUGUUCGCCGCUCCUGAAGCAGAGCCAACCCAGGACUCUCUACCAGAACUUUCAACCGCCGUGGAGAUGUUUACAGUCACUGACCUGAGCACAGAAAUAGCUGAGACAGAAACUGAGACUGAAACAGAGACCCAGGUCCCUGAACGGUCUCUGGACGUGACAGAGGAGACUGUAAUCAGUAGUGAAGCUCCUCCCAGCACCACCGGUGCUUCCGUGUUGCUGUACGAGGCAGACACACCCUACGAUGUACACUCCGAAAACCUAUUCCAGAGGACAGAGGUCCUAGCAGCGGUGAUAGCUGGCGGGGUUAUAGGUUUGCUGUUCGCCAUCUUCCUCAUCCUCCUCCUGGUCUACAGGAUGAGGAAGAAGGAUGAGGGGAGCUACGUCCUUGGAGAACGCAAGGCCCCUAGCUCAGCCUAUCAGAAAGCCCCCACCAAGGAGUUCUAUGCCUGAAACAACCACCGUCACUAUGAGGAGAAACCUCUGGAGCAACAUAAAGACGUGUCCCAAAUGGCACCCUAUGCCCUCUAGUGUACUUACUACUUUUAACCAGUAUCUGUGCACCAUAUAGGGUGUCAUUUGGGAUGCAUACAAAACAUCUCAUACAGCAGUGUCCUCCUCGCAUGAUGGUAUUGAAUGAGGAAGUGUUUCAAGGAGCUUUUUCAUAUAGCAAAUAUAUACUUUUCCUUAAUGAGGCCAAACAGGGCUAUUGUAAAUGUUUCAUGUUUUGGAUCAUUAGAACGGUUGGAGAAUUUCCUUGUCAUGUGAGAACGUGAAACAUAUUCAUAGAUUGUCAUGGACUACUUUCUAACUGUAGAGGAAGGAAAAACAACUUUUUUAAAGGUCACUGAAAUAAAAAUGACAGAAUAUAAUUGUCCUAUAGUUAUUCUAUUUUUGAUUUUUUCAUAGCAUGUCCAAAGUUGUUUUUUUUCAUUAACUUAUGUUUUUCAUGUUGAGGUUAUGUAAUGUUUCUAGUCUCAAAGCAAUCUGGUCUCCAAUUUAACUUGGAUGAAAAAACAUUUUUUUGUUAUUAUGCUAUUUUUCUUGUCAUUGUGUGAAAUGAAUUACAGGAUUCCAUAACUACCCAAUGUCAUCUGGCCAAAGCAAAGGACAUUCCUAGUAAAACAUUACUGAUAUAAAGCAGUGUUUACCAACUCCAGUCCCCAACAGUACACAUUUUUGUUGUAGUCCCUGACAAACUUGCCUGAUUCAAUUUGAGGGCCUGAUUUAGUUGAAUCAGGUGAGUUUGUCUGGGGCUACAACAACGUGUACUGUUGGAGGUACUCGAGGCCUGGAGUUAAGAAACACUGAUUUUAAAUGCUACUCUUAUGGGCAGGGGUGUCAAACUCAUUCCACGGCGGGCCUAGUGUCUGGGUUUUUGUUUUUUCUUCUCAAGACCUAGACAACGUAAUCAAGUACAAGGGAGGAGUGAACCCGCAGACACUUAGCCCUCCGUGGAAUGAGUUUGACACGUGCUUUGAGGAGUGCAUUAUAUCACAGGAGGUUGGUGGCACCUUAAUUGGGGAGAACAGGCUCAUGGUAAUGUAUGAAACACCUGGUUUCCAGGUGUUUGAUUCCAUUUACUCCGUUCUGGCCAUUCUCCCUCAGCAGCCUCCACUGCUAUAUGUACUCUGUGUUUCUGUUACCCAAAAUAUAGAGGAACCUUUUCAGUAGGUUUCACUAUUAGGUCCAUGAAUUUUCUCCUCUGAUCACAAUGCUAUGUUAAGACUUGGGUGUUUUAUAAACAAACCUGCAAAACUUUUCUGACCAAUUUAUGAUAUAAAAGCUGAUUUUCAUUUAUCUGCAGCUUUUAAAUGAUGACUUGCUAGAUAUGGGGAACUAAUGCUAAUGAACAGUCCUAUGCGCUGAACUCUUUUCAGUUGACUUUAGUACAGUGAUUUACUCUAGCCACAGAUGGGACACCGGACUUCUCUGUAAUAUCCGUUUCAACUUUGACUGAAAAUCUGUCAGACUCGAAAGUCCAGGGCGCUUUCCCAAAUGGCACCCUAGAGCCCUGGUCAAAAGCAGUGCACUAAAUAGGGACUAGGGUGCUAUUUGUGAUGUAGUCUCAGUGAACAGGACAUGGUGUACCUUAUUACUUAUCUGUUCCCCCUCUUUAGCAUCUGUAAAGAAUUAUGAAUGUCUAUAGAACAAUGUUCCUCUUCCCCAAAAAAAUUACUUCUAUGAUCACUGGGUUGAUGUGUUUUUCUCAUGGUACGUAAUUAUUGAAUAAAGGUACUUACAGUAAGACUUUCCUUGGACUUGGAACAGUGUUUUUGCCAUUUAUCACAUGUAACACAAUCUCCCCAUUUAAAAAAAAAAAAAAAAAAAAAAAAAAAAUUUGUUACCUUUAGUCCUGACUAUUUUAAAGGUAGACUCAGCUAAAUUAUGUAGAUGCAUAAAGUAAAACGGCAUAGUGGGUCAAUUUCCACAACUAAGAGCGUUAGAGCGCGAGGCCAAACUUCUCCGCUGUUCUGGUCCCGUGGCUGCCACAUUGUAAGAGCGUGCGGUGAAGGAAACCCAUGCACAUGUGCAAAUACUGUAUCUGUGACUGAGCGAAAUCUUGCUCAUUGAAAUCUCUGCAGUGCUGCUUGUGCAACAUAAUUUCGCUGACUACCUUUAAGUCAGUGGUGCAUCUGUAUAAUGUCUGUACUAUAAUUUAUAUAUUUAUAUAUAUUACAUAUUAGAAAUAAUAUGUUAGUUCAAGUAUAUUGAUGUAUAUUCACAAAUGUUUUAAGCCUUUGAAGUGCCUUCCAUUCUGAAAGUUAUUAUUUUUUUUUACUGUUUGAGACAAAGGAUGUUUUCUAAGUGGCAUGAUGAAGUAGUAGUCACGAAUAUAAGCACAGGAUACUGAUGGCAACUUAGUGUUACAAAAGCAGUGUUGUAUGUUAUGGGAGACACUACUGAAUAAACAAUGUGGCUUAAUAUUAAA